AUGAAACUCCUUACCUUCACUGCUCUUCUGCCGUAUGUCCAUGGUCUGUCAAUACCAGAUCGGCAAGAUGGAUCGCCUCGGGUGGUUGGCUUGCCGCUACAUCGCAGUGAGAUUCGAGACCCUGUCACACACGAUAGGAACAGGAUGCGGAAAAGAGAUGGCACCGUCAAUGCAACAAUCGAUAACUUGCAAACCUUGUACUUCCUAAACGCUUCACUAGGAACUCCGCCACAAAAUGUACGACUACACAUAGACACUGGAAGCAGUGAUCUGUGGGUUAACACACGAAGUUCUCAGCUCUGCUCGAUGAGGAAAAGGCCUUGCGCAGAGUCUCUUGUGUACACAGCCAAUUCUUCGUCAACGUACAAGUAUGUCAGCAGUAACUUCAACAUCUCCUACGUCGACGGAUCAGGUGCAGCAGGAGACUAUGUCACAGACACAAUGAGCUUCUCCGGGGUGAAUUUGUCUUCGCUUCAAUUUGGAGUCGGCUAUGAGAGCACCUCAGAGCAGAAUGUACUAGGGAUAGGGUAUCCUAGUAACGAGGUUCAAGUAGUGCGAUCAGGACUCAAACCGUACGACAACUUGCCAGCCAAGAUGGCAGCCGACGGACUCAUCGCAUCCAGUGCAUACAGUCUGUGGCUGAACGACUUGGAUUCCUCAACCGGCGAGGUCCUGUUUGGCGGUGUUGACAGGGAUCGGUUUCGGGGGAGCUUGAUCAGUUUGCCCAUUCAGAAGGUCGGCAACGGUUAUAACGAGUUCUUUAUCACCAUGACUGGCCUCGAUGUCGGGUCCAAAAAUGUUGGCAAAAAUAUGGCGUUGGCUGUGCUUCUCGAUUCGGGCAGCUCAUUAACAUACCUGCCCGACUCAAUGGUGGAAAGCAUUUACGGAAUGGUGGAGGCGUCGUACGACCCAUCUCAAGGUGCCGCUUUCGUCAAGUGCUCUGUGCAGCAGACAAUUGCCUCCAUGACGUUCAAUUUUAGUUCGCCGGCAUCCGUAACUGUGCCUAUGAACGAAAUGCUCAUCAAUGUGUCUGACACGGAGGGCGAGCAGCUGAUUUUCGGCAACGGCGAACCGGCCUGUCUUUUUGGCAUCUUGCCAGCUGGAAAAGCGUCUUCUGUCCUGGGCGACACUUUUCUCCGUAGUGCCUACGUGGUCUACGAUACAGAAAACAAUGAAAUUUCUCUAGCGAAUACGAUAUUCAACGCCACGACAUCCAACCAGGUUGAAAUCAAUAGUAAGUCGACUGCACCAUUUGCAACCAAAGCCAGCAACCCCAUCACAGCGACGUCUGGGUUGCCUGGAGGGAUCAAUUCCAAGGGCAACACUCAGCAGCCAGGCAACGCGGCGAGUAGUCUUGCCCCAUCGUUGACGUUACUUUUUGUAUGCAUGAUGGCAAGGGCUCUUAUUUGA